AGAAUUGAAACCAUAAAUCCCUCAAACCAUUCACAUUAGUAUCUAGCCAAAUGGCAAUUCAUCUUGGCUGGAUUUUUUCAGGAAUGCUCCUCCUAGUAAGCUCGUUUGCUUCUGCCAAGCUAGUGAUGCCAAACAACAUUAUGGACUUAAAUGUUCCUUUUGCCACUAAUUUUUUCAACCGUAAAUCCUUUCCAAGUGAUUUCAUAUUUGGGACAGCCUCGUCUUCUUACCAGUACGAGGGUGAUGCAAACGAAAGUUGCAGAGGUCGGAGCAUAUGGGACACUUUUACUCAAGAAUUCCCAGAAAGAAUAGCUGAUGGCAGCAACGGAGAGAUGGGAAUUGAUUUUUACCAUCGCUACCAGAGUGAUCUUCAGACAGUGAAGGACAUGAAUAUGGAUUCUUUCAGAUUCUCUAUCUCUUGGUCGAGAGUAAUUCCCAGUGGGAAAAUAAGGGCAGGAGUGAACAGAGAUGGAAUUGAGUUUUACAACAAGCUCAUCAAUGCCACCAUAGCUAAACGUUUACAGCCUUUUGUAACUAUCUUUCAUUGGGAUACUCCUCAAGCACUCGAAGACAUGUACGGCGGCUUUCUAAGUGAUAAUAUUGUGAACGAUUUUCGAGAUUUUGCUGAGCUUUGCUUCCAGGAAUUUGGUGACCGAGUGAAGUACUGGAUUACUAUAAAUGAGCCACACAAAUACUCCAGUGACGGCUAUGAUUCAGGUCAAUUUGCACCUGGCAGAUGUUCCAAAUGGGUGGAUGAAAAGUACUGCAAACAUGGAAACUCUGCCACGGAACCUUACCUAGUUGCCCAUAAUCUCCUCCUUUCUCAUGUAGCAGCAGCAGAUACAUACAAGAAAAGGUAUCAGGCUUCUCAAAAUGGGAUGAUUGGGAUAACACUCAAUGCUCGUUGGUAUGAACCAUACUCUAACAGUACAGAAGAUUAUGAAGCUGCAAAAAGAACUCUUGAUUUCAUGCUUGGUUGGUUCAUGAACCCUUUGACAUAUGGUGACUAUCCAAGCAACAUGCGGGAAUUGGUUCAAGAUAGAUUACCAAAAUUCUCUCCACUGGAUUCUAUUUUUCUCAAAGGAUCAUUAGACUUUGUUGGAUUAAAUUACUAUACUGCAUAUUAUGCAGCAAAUGCCAAUUCUUCCGAUCCAGAUCAUCGCAGAUAUCAAACAGAUUGUAAUUCCAACAUUACAGGAGAACGAAAUGGGAUCCUCAUCGGUCCAAAGGCUGGUGCGCCAUGGCAGUAUAUCUAUCCAGAGGGGAUACGAUAUCUUUUGAAUCACAUAAAAGACAAAUACCAAAAUCCAAUAAUUUACAUAACUGAGAAUGGGUACAGUGACUUCCUUGGUGCUGAUGUAUCAGAAGCGAAAGUCUUGGAUGAUCAUCCUAGAAUAGAAUUCCAUUUUAACCAUCUUCGGAAUGUUCUACAAUCUAUCAAAGACCAUGGAGUUCAAGUCAAAGGCUACUUUGCAUGGUCUUUCGCCGACGACUUCGAAUUUAUAGAUGGAUUUACCAUAGGAUUUGGUUUGGUGCAAGUAAACCGUUCAUCUGGUUUCUCAAGAAAGGGGAAGCGCUCAGCAUCCUGGUUUUCGGAAUUCCUUGCGGACAAAUGGGCUGAUCCAAAGGUAUAAUUCAAGCGAUUAAGAAUAGCUUGAUGGAUCAGAAAGUGUUUGACCAAUAUAUACGGGACUAUUUAUAUAUACUAGUGUUGUAUAUUAGUGUGUAUAUAUAUCAGAAAGUUUAAGAGAUUCUAUGUGGGUUCUUCCCAUGCAACCAUUGACUAUCUUAUGCAAGCCUCCCUCCACAAAACCAUCUGGUAGUAUGUAUGGCUUCAGAGUUAUGCCGAGAUUAUGAGGAGUGGAAAGGGCUACAGUUGGAU